AUGAUAACGCUUGAAGUACCGUGUCGUGAUAAAUCUUAUCAAUGGUUAUUACAAUGGAUCACACAAAAAGGUGCAAGACACACACAACACCUAAGCGUCGAAACAUCUUUUCUGCAAAGGGACACAGGGCAGAUAAAAACUAAAUACGAAUUUAUACCUAGUGUUGGACAACAUUUCUUCAGAUAUAAUGGAACCUGGAUAAGAGUCGAUCGCACACGAGAACAGCAAACUAUAGACCUACACAUGGGUAUCCCUUUUGAAACUGUAACAUUAACAGCAUUUGGACGUAAUAAAGAAGUUUAUUACAAUAUUCUUGAAGAAGCUAGAACUAUGGCAUUAAAGCAACAUGAAGGUAUGACUGUUAUGUAUACUGCAAUGGGCUCUGAAUGGCGCCCAUUUGGACAUCCCAGAAGAAGACGGCCUCUAAGCAGUGUUAUUCUCCGUGCUGGUUUAGCUGAACGGAUUCUAACAGAUUGCUUAGAUUUUAUAGGCAAUCCUCAAUGGUAUACAGAACGCGGAAUUCCUUAUCGAAGAGGAUAUUUACUUUAUGGUCCUCCUGGUUGUGGUAAAUCGUCAUUUAUCAUGGCAUUGGCUGGUGAACUGGAAUACAAUAUCUGUGUUCUCAAUCUAUCAGAAAGAGGACUGACAGAUGACAGACUAAAUCAUCUUCUUAGUGUUGCACCACAACAAUCAAUUAUCCUACUUGAGGACAUUGAUGCUGCAUUUGUUUCUCGAGAAGAUAGUCCAACACAAAAAGCUGCUUAUGAAGGACUCAAUAGGGUAACAUUUAGUGGUCUACUUAACUGCCUGGAUGGUGUAGCUUCAACUGAAGCAAGGAUAGUGUUUAUGACAACAAAUUAUUUAGACAGAUUGGAUCCAGCUUUAAUAAGACCUGGUAGAGUGGAUAUGAAAGAAUUUGUCGGAUAUUGUGAUCAACAUCAAGUAGAACUUAUGUUUUUAAGAUUUUAUAAAGAUGCAAUAGCUGCUAAAACAUUUGCUACAAAUGUUCUAGCUAAAAAGAUGCCUGUUAGUCCAGCACAAAUUCAAGGAUAUUUUAUGUUCCAUAAGCAUUCUACACCUGAACAAGUAUUAGCAGAUAUUAAUGCAAUCUGGACCCUUGGA